AUGCCUUCUUUUUCAUUUACAGAUGCUUCUGGCUCGGCGGGCCCCUCCCCCGCACUCACCACCACUUCGAUGUCCUCCGAGGUUCCUCCUUGCCCAUCUUCGAAGGCUGACCUCGAGGUUGCGUCGACGCCCGCAUCUGGGUUCGACUACUCGCGCUUCUCAUGGCGACAGCCCUGCCCCGACGCUCCUGGCUACUUCGAGCGCGAGGCUUUCGCAGCGGAGAUGAUCCUCGAUACGUGGCACCGCUUCGCGCACGGCGAGCAGACGCUCUUCCUCGGUGUCGACCUCUCCCUCCCUUCCUCCCCUUCUCACACUCUUUCCGCUGCCGAAUUUAUCGACGCCGUCCGUUCGGCGUGGUCAGCACUGCGCUUCGACGUCCCGACGGUCGCAUCGCACACGUCCUACACGUGUGAUACGGUUCACCCGCUGGUUACCUACCAGUCUGCAGCGUCUGCGUCGGACGUCGCGACUUGGGCGAAGCGUACGGUUCGCGGCCGCGGCGACAUCCGUGGGCUCGAGACCGUGCGUACGCUCGACGAGCUGCGGUACGAGGUCGCCAAGCGUACCAUUCCCGAAAUCACGGGCGACCAGACUUUCAUCUACGUCCUCGACAAGCCUUCAUCGCCCUCUCAAGGAGGCAAGGACCGUAGUGCAGAAUACGGUCUAUUGCUGCACACGUCGCACGUCCCGUUCGACGGUGCGGGAACGAAGAUCCUCAUGACGCUCCUGCUCAGGCACCUCGCUGCUGUCUUGGACGGUAGAUGUGACCCCGAGGCGUGGCGCUCCUUGGCGUGGGGCGAGGAAGGAGCUAACUUGCUCCCGAGCGUUCCGGAUUCCCUUGGCCCUACUGAGGAGAAGAGUGGUCCAGUAUACGAGGAGACGCUGAAGGAGACGAUGAAGGAUUACGCAGAGUGGUUCCCGAGGAUGUAUGGGUUCAAACCGCGCAACAUUGGACCCGGACCUUCGAACAGGAUUUGGAGGACGUUCUCGAAAGAGAAGACUUCCCAACUCGUUCGUGCUAGUCGUGCGCAAGGCUUCACACUCAACCAACUUGCUCAUGCUGCCGUAUACGUCGUCUGCUCUAAUGACAACCCCAUCCCGAUCGAUAGCAACGGUGCCUUUGUCAACUUUGGGCUCCGGAAUAGCCGUUCUACCCUCGCACCGCCGUACAAUACCGCGGACGGCUAUCCUGGUUUCUGCCUUGGCAUUUCAGUCGUCGCCGUACCUUGUUCAGUAUUCGUCGAACUCUCUGACGAGCCUCUCCUAUUCCGAGUGGCGAGGAGAGUCAAACAGGGGUAUGUGAAGAUGAAGGAGCUCCCUUCGCUUACUGCCGUAGCCGGGGAGCAGAUGGAGAUGGUCAUGAGGCCAGCGAAGGAAGGACAGGAGUUGCCGCCACCUGCUAUGGGCCCAUGGUUCUCCGGCGAUGGUAUUGGCGAGGACUACCUGCAACCUGUCUACAGAGGUGCCCAGGGUGCCGAGGUGAUACGUGUAGAGGACUUCUUCACGUCGCUGAACAAACAGGAUCCUGGCCCGUUCUUCCGGUGCUUCACGUGGAACGGGCAUCUCCAACUUAGCGUCGACUACAAUGAAUAUGCGAUGCCGACGCCCCUCAUGCAGAGCUGGCUGGAUGAGUGGGUGGGUCACCUCGAGGGCAUUCUGCCCGCUGACAAUUCGAUGCCUGGUGAAUGCACGAUGGCCAACGAGACCAUCCUGCCCACGCAAAAUCCCAACUCGCUGUCGAUCCGAUCACUCACAAGGAAGAUCAGCAGCCUCUUCAAACGCGACUCGUAA